UAAACGUGGAGCCGCUGGGGAGCAAUGGUGCUGAGCAGCCAGUUGUUAUACGGCUUUUGUCUUAACGAAGCCACCCAUUACGGUAUGAUGAUGUCAAACGUGAUGCUGAUGCUACAGUUACAGCCCCUGCUGGCGCAGCCUCUCUGAUUCUCUCUCCCUCUCCGCGGCCAGUGCUGGGCUUUUUCAGACAAGUGCAUCUCCUAACCAGGUCACAUUUCAGCGGCGACCCACUCUCCGUCAGUCACCAGAGGCAGACCGCGGGAGGAGGGUUGAGGACAGCCGCGUGCGCUUCUCCAGCAGCAGGGUGGGAGAAAGGACAUUAAAAUACUGCAGAAGUCAGGACCCCCCAGUUCGAACCCGGACCACGAUGUGCGCCCCGGGCUGCGGGCGGCUGGUGCUGCCACUGCUGCUCCUCGCUGCGGCAGCCCUGGCUGAAGGCGACGCCAAGGGGCUGAAGGAGGGUGAGACCCCCGGCAAUUUCAUGGAGGACGAGCAAUGGCUGUCGUCCAUCUCGCAAUACAGCGGCAAGAUUAAGCACUGGAACCGCUUCCGAGACGAAGUGGAGGAUGACUACAUCAAGAGCUGGGAGGACAAUCAGCAAGGAGAUGAAGCCCUGGACACCACCAAGGACCCCUGCCAGAAGGUGAAGUGCAGCCGCCACAAGGUGUGCAUCGCCCAGGGCUACCAGCGGGCCAUGUGCAUCAGUCGCAAGAAGCUGGAGCACAGGAUCAAGCAGCCCACCGUGAAACUCCAUGGAAACAAAGACUCCAUCUGCAAGCCCUGCCACAUGGCCCAGCUUGCCUCUGUCUGCGGCUCAGAUGGCCACACUUACAGCUCUGUGUGUAAGCUGGAGCAGCAGGCCUGCCUGAGCAGCAAGCAGCUGGCGGUGCGAUGCGAGGGCCCCUGCCCCUGCCCCACGGAGCAGGCUGCCACCUCCACCGCUGAUGGCAAACCAGAGACCUGCACCGGUCAGGACCUGGCUGACCUGGGAGAUCGGCUGCGGGACUGGUUCCAGCUCCUUCACGAGAACUCCAAGCAGAAUGGCUCAGCAAGCAGUGCAGCCAGCCCUGCCAGCGGGCUGGACAAGAGCCUGGGGGCCAGCUGCAAGGACUCCAUUGGCUGGAUGUUCUCCAAGCUAGACACCAGUGCCGACCUCUUCCUGGACCAGAUGGAGCUGGCCGCCAUCAACCUGGACAAGUACGAGGUCUGCAUCCGUCCCUUCUUCAACUCCUGUGACACCUACAAGGAUGGCCGGGUCUCCACUGCUGAGUGGUGCUUCUGCUUCUGGAGGGAGAAGCCCCCCUGCCUGGCAGAGCUGGAGCGUGUUCAGAUCCAGGAGGCUGCCAAGAAGAAGCCAGGAGUCUUCAUCCCGAGCUGUGAUGAGGAUGGCUACUACCGGAAGAUGCAGUGUGACCAGAGCAGCGGUGACUGCUGGUGUGUGGACCAGCUGGGCCUGGAGCUGACUGGCACCCGCACACAUGGGAGCCCUGACUGCGAUGACAUCGUGGGUUUCUCAGGGGACUUUGGGAGCGGUGUCGGCUGGGAGGAUGAGGAGGAGAAGGAGACGGAGGAAGCGGGCGAGGAGGCCGAGGAGGAGGAGGGCGAGGCAGGCGAGGCCGACGACGGGGGCUACAUCUGGUAGAUGCCCUCAGGAGGUGGUGGCCAGGGGGACUCGACAGCAGAGCUUUGAGCAGCAGCGGCAGCUUCAAGAACGGAUCCGGAAUUGUGGUCGGAAGGACCUUGCUCCACUGGGAGGACCGGGAGUGGGAGUGUGCAUGGCAUGUGUAUGGCACAGAUGGCUGGGACGGUGACAGUGUGAAUGUGUGUGCGCAUGCGUGCAUGUGUGUGUGCGCGUGUGUGCGCGUGUGUGCACGUGUGUGUGUGGCAUGCGCUGACAAAUGUGUCCUUGAUCCACACUGCUUCUGGCAGAGUGAGUCACCUAAAGGCCCCUUCGGCCUCCUUGUAGCUGUUUUCUUUCCAUUUGUUGUUGGGUUUAAAAUACAUUCACACACAAAUACAAACUGACAGGUAAAAAUCCAUGAAAUGAGAUGCCCCCAUCCACGUCCCCCAGCCCAGCCCUGACCCCUCCGGUUCCUACCCUGGCUCCACCGGCCCCUGCCUGCCCUCCUCCGUCCCCAUUCUGAGGUCACACUCUGGCCUGUGAGCCUGUCCCUAUUGCAAAGGGGAGGGAGGGCAGGGAGCUGUCUACCGACUGAGGUCCUCCAACACUGGGCCAGUGUGGUGUGACAUCACUGCCAGCCUCGGAUGAGAUGGCCUGGGAUGCCCAGCCACAGCAAGCCCUGUCUCUUUGCCGGAUCCCCAAACACAGGAGAGUAACGAAGGUGGCAGAAGAGGAGGAGGGCAGCAGCUGAGAGGUGGGGGAGGGGAGCCUUGCCAAGCUGCCCCAGGUCUGUCUCGGGGUGGUUCGGGUAGAGCAGGGUGAGGAGAGGGGGUCGGCUCAGUGGGAGGAGGCUGUGGCUGCAGAGCCUGGGGGAACUAUUAGGAGUCUAGAUGGGGCGGCUCUGAAUCCCAGACCCUGGAAUAGCCUGACCCUUUUCUCUGGGUCUCAUGGUGGAUUCAUGGUCUGGGCUGCUCUCUUGGGGACAGUGGGCAGUGGUUACAUGGUUGACCUCUGCCUGGCUCUUGUGGGGUGCUGCUCCUGCCUCCAUCCCCCUUGCUGGGGUCCUCUUGUCCACUUCAGGGUGCCUGAGGGCCAGGAGCAGCAGGUGAGGAGCCUGGGUCUGGGCUAGGGGUGUGUGUGCCCACCUCCUCCCAGACCCUUAACACUCCCCUCCUGCCCCAACCAACAGAGAGACCUGUCCCUGAGACCCCAGAGAGAAGCAGCCAUUGAAAGCUGCAGCCUUUCCACGCUCUGAGACUGUGAUCUUCCUCCUGCCAGAGGAGAGCCACCACUGGCCAUGUCCAGUCCCCCUCCCCUCCGCCCUGGGGUUUCUUUCUAGCCGCUCUGAGGAUCCCUAGGGCUUCCCCAGCAGAGGGGCUUCCCCAAGCUCUGUUUCGUAGCCUGCAGAGUGCAAAAGUUAUGAGAAGCCAGAGGAGACGGGACAGGGGCAGCCGGGCUCUGAGGCCACACCACACUGUCACGUCCCGAGCAGGGCAAACUCACUUCGCCAGAUGAGAAGAGAUCCUGUGCAUUUCGUUCGUUUGUUGUUUUCUCCCACCCAUCCAGUUCUCCCCAUCAAAGCAAACUCCUCAACACCUUUGGUGCAGCAUCUCUGCCCAGCCUUGGGCCUGUGAUGCCCUUCAGUGCGUGGCGAACGCAGUGCGUGUGUGUGUGUCUGUGUGUGAACCUAGGGGCCAUCGUGGUGGCCCCGGAGUAUGAGAAGGGGCCCCCUGAGUGCUGGGUGGGCGGCGGGUGUGGGUCCAUGCGUGAGGCUCUAUGGAUGAGGCUCCCAACCUGGCUGUCCCCAGCCUCCCAGCAUCUGCGAGCGUCUGUUGGACUUUACAAAAGAGCCUCUCCCUGUCUGCCCCUCACUCUGCCCUAGAAUCAACAUCUUCCGAGUCCUUCUUGGGGGAAAUGGCAGAGCUCCACUUAGCCCCAUAAACCGCUUCCCAUUCUGCAGCCCAGUUCUGAUUGUUGAGGUGUUCCAGAUCCCACAGUCCGCUCUUCUGCUGUCCUCUCUCUGACCUCCACCUCCUCCUCUAGCCCCGGCUCAGUUCAGGGAAAUGCUGUUCCUCGUCAGCGCUCUGCUCUCUGAGGCAGCCACGCCUCCCACUCGGAGCUACUUGAAACUUCUGCUCUUGCUAGUAUUGUCUAUCUCUUCCCUCUGCCCCAGCUGGAGUUCUGGAACUUUCCUCCUGUGGGGGGAGCUGUUAAGGAUGCUGGAGGGCCUGGGGAGGGAAGGGGUGCAGAGGAAGGGUGUCCCUCUCCUCUUGAUGUCACCCUCCGCUCGUGGGGUGCAUAUUUCUCUCUGUGUCUCUGGGUCUCCUGGCUGUGCACGUUUGUGUGUCCUUGUAAAUACAUUUUAGGAAGAAAGCAAAAGGCAUUGAAGUAGCCUGUGGCAGGAUUGCAGGGGUUCAGCCUUGCCUGCCUCUGAAGCCCCCGCAUUAUUUUUCAUGCCACUGAGACUGGGCCCCCCAAAGGUAGAUAAAACAGCAGUUCCCAGUGGGGCUGAAGGUCGGCCUCAAAGUGGCUUCUUGUGAGACAAGGUUAAGGUUUCCUCAUGAGCAAAGUUGAAGAUUGGUCCUUCCUCAGCUCCUUGAUUUGUGCCCUUGACCCAGGGCCCUACCACCCAGCCCCUCCAGCGCCCUCUCCUUGAAUGCCUGGCUCCUUCCUGCCCCCGCUCCCCUGGCUUAGGCAGGUAGGGGAAUCAGGGCCGUGCUGGAACAAGCCCAACCACGAGUUCAAAGAAUGGUUCUCUUGGUUCUGGAACUCCCCUUGGCUGCCCCAGGCCUCCUUGACCUGUGGGUGUUGGGGGAGGUAGAGAUCUGAGAUCAGGUGGGUUGGAACAGAGAAAAUAAAUGUGCCUUGAGAGACCACUCAGAGAGGGCCAAGGGUGAUGGAGAAGGAAGCACGCCUGGGAGCUUGGGAAGGAGGGGCAGUGGGUGGGAGUGGGCAGGGCAUCACGACUGCCCCCCACCAUUGUCCCGCACGUGGGGGAUGGUCACACCCCUUCACUCCAGCCCACCUGGCUGCAGCGGGCAGCCACCCACUCAGCCUUUCAUGGGCUCCACCUGCUUCCAACUUCACCUCAGAGUGGGUGGCAUCUGUUAGCAUCAACACAGAGACCCUCUGCUUCACCAAAGCGGGAGCCCCCAGCCCUUGGGGAGAAGGAAUGGCUAAGCUUUGAUACCUGGGGUCAUGGACAGGCUGCAGGCUGGCGGCAGUCCCAGGGGAGAGACACUGCGGGUGCAGAAGGAGACCCCGACAUCCCGAGGAGGUUCCCAGCAGAGCAAACUGCUUUCCAGCCUGAAGCCUGCUUAUACUGUGUGGUGUGCAAUAACUGAGCUUAGAGUUAGGAAUUGUAUUCAAGUGCUUGGAUUUCCGUCUGUAGAUUUAAGUGCUGAAAUCGUAUCUCUCAGUAAUUUUAGAUGUCUUUUUAAAAAAGUCAAAACACAAAGUGUUAGACUGUGUGUGCAUUGAUGGGCACUCAAGCGUCCCGUGAGUCCCCCUGCCCUCCCUUUCCCCUGUGCCCCUGUCCUCACACCCCGCCCCACCUCCACCUGGGGACCCUGCCUCGUGUCGUCUUUAUCUGCCUAUUACUCAGCCUAAGGAAACAAGUACACUCCACACAUGCAUAAAGAAAGCAAAUGUUAUUUUUAAGAAAAUGGAAAAUAAAAACUUUAUAAACACCA